AAAUAUACACUCCCCUCUCUCUUGUUCUAUCAUCAAUUAUUCAACAACUUUAAACCAUAUAAUCCUCACACAUUUCAUUCUACUUAAUUAGCAGAAUGGCUUUUCGGUUCUUCAUCUUUGCUAUUUUGGCUAUUACUAUAGCUUCUUUUGCCAAUGCAUCCGAUCCCACUCAAUUACAAGACUUUUGUGUUGCAAUUGAUGAUUCCAAGGCUGGUGUGUUUGUCAAUGGAAAGAUCUGCAAGAAUCCAACAGAUGUCGAUGUUGGGGACUUCUUUCUCUCAGCAGGCCUUAACAAACCCGGAAAUACGUCAAAUCAGCUUGGAUCUGUAGUUUCAGCUGUGACUGUGGAUACUCUACCUGGGUUGAACACUCUCGGCAUUUCACUAGCUCGUAUUGAUUUUGCUCCCAACGGGGUCGUUCCUCCGCACACCCACCCUAGAGCAUCAGAAGUCCUUGUGGUGUUGAAGGGAACUCUAUAUGUUGGAUUCGUCCUUUCGAAUCCUAAACCAGGAAUGAAGAAUAAGCUCUUUACUAAAACGUUAUACCCUGGAGAUGUUUUUGUGUUUCCACAAGGCCUUAUUCAUUUCCAGCACAACAUUGGGAAGUCAAACGUUGUCUCCUUAUCUGGCUUAAGUAGCCAAAAUCCAGGAGUUAUUACGAUCGGCAAUGCUGUUUUUGGAUCUAGUCCACCCAUCAAGUCAGAUGUUCUCACUAAAGCAUUUCAAGCCGACACCAAAGUUAUUGAAUAUCUUCAAUCAAAAUUCUAGUAUGAUGACCACAAAGAAUUAGUACUACGAUGUCAUUUCCUUCUAUCUUUAUAUUAACAAUAAACUCAUGUAAUGAAUAACACUUCCUUUAUAUUAUACAUAUACUUAGUUUAUGUUAUGUGCAUAAUAUAAUGUGAAUGUUCAACUUCCGCUAAAGAGGAUUGUCAUGGAAUAAAGUCAUUGCCUUUAUUACAUUUGGAAAA